CUUAUCUUAGUAUUGGACUUAGUACCAGCUUGCUGAAGAUGCCCUAACUUGGCAUGAUCAUCUUUAUUUAAUUCGGAAGCAGUUGUCAUUAAGGAUCCCAAGCUCAAGUCCAAGGACAAGGCCACCUCAUUCCAUGUUCUGAGAGUUGACCAUCGAUGAUGGCAGUUCAUGAAAUAGAGUAAUAGGUUAUAUUUGCUAUACGCUACCUGUUCUUUCCUCUAGAUCCAUUCAUGGCGAUCUGCACAACCACCAACAAAAGAAGGCUCCAUUGAUCGUGUUAUGUUACGGCGUCCAUUCUCAAGUGGUCAGAUUGUCCCUUAACUUUGAAUAAGUUCCCUGCUAUUUACAAAGAUGGACCACCAAGAAAAUAUAGUAACGCGACUUAUCCAAGAAGUGCAUAGAUCGAAAUGGAUUGCAAGUAGCAAUCAUGAUGUGAAAUGUUUUACAGAAGAUGAGAUAAGAAGAUUUACCAACAACUACAAAUCUGUAAUAGGCAAAGGUGCCUUUGGUGAAGUUUACGAAGGAGUCCUGGAGGACAAAAGUAUGAUUGCAGUCAAGAGGUUUAUCUGCAAUGUAAAAGAAAAUUUUGCCAAAGAGUUGAUCGUCCACCGUGAAAUCAAUCACAAGAAUGUAGUCAGAUUAGUUGGCUACUGUGUAGAUGAAAAUGCCCUAAUGGUGGUCACGGAGUAUAUUCCUAAGGGAAAUCUGAGCAACAUCCUUCACCAGGAUAGUACUCCCAUCGCUUUGGAUAUACGGCUAAGAAUUGCCAUUGAAUGUGCAGAAGCAUUGGGCUAUAUGCAUUCACAAAUGUAUACUCAGGUCAUUCAUGGUGAUAUCAAGCCUGCUAAUAUACUUCUGGAUGAUGAACUCAGAGCAAAAAUAUCAGACUUUGGAAUAUCAAGGCUAGUCAACACUGAAAAUACUCUAUAUACUCUAAAUGUGAUAGGAAGUAUAGGCUACAUGGACCCUCUGUUUGCUCAGAAUGGUCGCCUCACAGCAAAGAGUGAUGUUUAUAGUUUUGGAGUUGUGCUCCUGGAACUGAUAACCAGAAAAAAAGCAAGAACAGAGGAUGGAGAGAUUGGCUUGGUUGAAAGUUUUAUUCUAUCUCUUUCAAAAGGGUUUAGGAGGGUGAGGGAGAUGUUUGACCCUGAAAUUGCAACAUUAAGAGGCAUGAAGACUAUGGAUGAGAUUGCUAAGUUGGCAGGUAAAUGCUUGAGGAUGGAAGUCAGCAAACGUCCUGAGAUGUUAGAAGUUGCAGAAAGUCUUCGCAAAUUUAGAAAAGCUCCACAUCAGGUACAAGAAAGACCAGCUCUGUUUUCUUGGGGAAGGAAAAAUAAACCUGCUCCAGCCGAAACACCGUCUCUAGGAAGCAGUAGCAUCAGCGGUAUUCAAAUUGUGGGAACUGUAGCUCCAGCCAAAACACCAUCGCUAGAAAGCAGUAGCAGUAGCCAAAGUGUGAGAACUGUAGCUCCAGCUGAAAUGACACCAUCACAGGAAAGCAAUGGCAGUGCCCCCAAAACGGGAAUUGUGGCUUCAGCCAAAAAGCCAUCAGAGGAAAGCAGUAGCAAUACCCGAAAUGUGGGAAGUUUUAUCGUUAGGCCGACAGUGACAGGCCAAUUGUUCGAGCUGGACGACCUGCUUCGGUCAUCAGCUGAAGCUCUGGGAAAGGGUACAGUUGGGACAAUAUACAAAGUGACGCUUAAUAGUGGACAUGAGCUGGUGGUCAAGAGGCUGAAGGAUGUGGACAUGCCAGAGCCGGACUUUGAGCAGCAUGCCAUGCUGAUUGGCGCCAUCCAGAACAAACACAUUGUGCCACUGCAGUGGUAUUACUAUAGCAAGGAUGAGAAGUUGCUAGUGUAUGAUAUCAUCCCCAUGGGUAGCCUAGCAAAAGUGCUCCACGGUGACGAAGAUUCUCGCCCAGCUCCGCUGGACUGGGAGCAGCGGUCAGCCAUCUCACUUGCUGCUGCGCGCGGUGUGGAGGCUAUCCACUUAGCUGGACCAUCGAGCUGCCAUGGAAACAUCAAGUCUUCCAACAUUCUGCUCAGUGGCAACCACGAUGCAUUUGUGUCGGAGCACGGCCUGAUAACACUAGUUGCCAUGUAUCCUGAUGCUUCUGGCUACCGCGCGCCUGAGCUCACCAGCAAUAUGCGGGUCUCUCAGGAAGCCGAUGUGUACAGCUUCGGCAUCCUACUGCUGGAGCUUCUCACCCGCAAGGCUCCAACAAAUAGCAGAAAGGAUCUCGAGGGAGUUGAUUUGCUACGGUGGGUGUGUUCUGUUGUACGUGAGAAGUGGACAGCGGAGGUGUUCGAUGUGGAGCUCAUAGGGCGGGAGCAGAAGGUCGUGGAAGAGGAGUGCAUGGUGCGACUUCUGCAGCUCGCCAUAAACUGUUGCAGUCAAGAUGCCGACCGGAGGCCUACAAUGUUUGAAGUCGUGCAGCAGAUCGAGGAGAUCAGACAGUCCUGAUCACUGACCAAGAACCUCGCACACCAUAGUGAGUGAAAGUUGCUUGGCCAUCACAGACUCGCAGUUGCAUUCAUCCUGAAGAACUAGCUACUAUCCUAAAAAGAGUGUUUUCUUUUGCAAGUUUGUAAUGAUCACCUGUCCAACAUGUUAUUGGCAUAUAUACUCUGCAUUAUUCCAAAUUAAAC